AACGAAGCCCCACCCCGGUUCGACCCCAGUCUUUACGCCCAUCUGCCAACCCAUCAGCAGUCGCUGCCAGAUGACGACACUUGGGCACCCCCCUUUGCCACGUUGCCAUUAGCGUACGGAUCCACACAGUCAAUGUCGGAGGGUGCACGGACAGUGAUGCAGGGUGCUGCCAGCGAAGGAGCGAUGGAAACGCUCCUGUAUUCGAAUGGCCGACAUGGGAUGUGUCAGCCGUUGGAUCUUCAAUUAUCCUCUGGGGGCCAGAGAGCAGUCACACGCACUGUUCUCGUCGAUGACCCCAGCCAAUCCACCGGUGACCCAUCGGUCGGUGCGCAGGGAGGCCGCUGCAGUCGCAGUCAUGCGAGCCAUGCAGAACCGGCUAUGACUGCGUACAGAGGCGGUUGUUGCCAGCAGUCGGAGUUCAGUCCAGUGGUCGGGGCUCCAUCAGGUGCGGCUGCGGGGGUCCAACGGACCGGGCAAUCAGCAAGCUUGCCAUCAAUGACGCGUUGUGCGAAGAGAAUCAUUGCUCGAGAUUGGAUGAUGCGGGCAACGAGUGACGGGGAGCGUGAAGUAAAAGGUGAUGACUAUGGAGAUGGUGCGGCCGAUGGAGACGACAUGGAUGACGUGGAAGGCAACACAGAGGACGAGCCGUCCUUGCCACCCGGUGCUCAAAACACAGGAGGUGGAGCACAAACUGGGGUCGGGAGGGGUAGAGAAAAGGGAAACGUGAGGGUGGUCAGUGCGGAUGGAGGAGAUGGGACAAGUGGCGGAUGCACCUAUUGGAGUUUGGACGAGUCCCUUAUCCUGGUGCGGUGCGAGAGGGAUUACGACGAGGCGAUUGCAGCCGCAGGGUCCAAUUUUGCUAGAAUGAAAAACAAGGAAUGGAAGUGGACAGACAUCGCCAAAAGGAUGUCCGCACAAGGGGUGGUGAAGGGGUGGGAUGCGUGCAUGAAGCGUUGGGAGAAUGUGAUUGGGUGGUACAGGAGAAUUUUCGAUAGGGAGAAGGACUCAGGUCCGGGGAAUUUCGUUGUGACGUCUGUCAGUGGCGACGAGAUGGAGUUCAGUUAUGCAAAUCACCAACUGCGCACUCUGUGGAUGCGCGAGAAGUGACACGAUGGUGUUUCGAUCUUGUACUUCCACCGUGACGAAGGGGCCAACGUGCAACUUUCGUC